AAAAAGAAAACAAAUGCACUCAGACAGGAAAAAAAAACAAAAACAAAAACCCUAACGGGUCUUCAUUUCCCCGUGAAGCUCCCCUCCGCCACGAUUUCUGCUCCGGCGCCGGAGAUCUUCAGUCGCCGGGUUCGUGGUUCCUGUUGGGUCUUGAUCUCAUUUGCUUCAGGUGCAGGUUAGUCUCUCUGCAAUGGCUCAGUGUGUAAGGUCAACGCUAAACCCUGCAAGAACACCACACUGUGUAUCAGAAAACCCUGCAAAGAAGCCAUCUUUUGCGUCAGUUUCGUUUCUUAAGGCGAAACCCAAGUUCACAAAGUACGCCAGAUUGUGUUCAUCAGUUAUGUCUAGCCAGUGCAACGCCCAAAACCAGCAAGACCAGGGACAACAGUUGUCACUUGAUGAUCUGAUCACGAGUACCAGAAAAGGAGAGGUUCUUGACACCAUUAAAGACUCGCUUUCUAAUUGUCUUUCUGAUACAGAUCUUCUUUCAACUGUUCCUGCUCUAAGAUCAAAAAUCAAGGGCAAGGUCAGAGAUAUCUAUGAUGCUGGCGAUUAUCUGGUUCUGGUGACGACUGAUCGGCAGAGUGCAUUCGACAGGGUUCUUGCCUCAAUUCCCUUCAAAGGCCAGGUUCUUAAUGAGACCAGUUUGUGGUGGUUCAAUAACACACAACACAUAACUCCAAAUGCAAUUGUUUCAUCUCCAGACAAAAAUGUUGUCAUAGCAAAGAAAUGUUCAGUCUUCCCUGUUGAGUUUGUGGUUAGAGGUUAUGUGACUGGAAGUACCGAUACAUCACUAUGGACGGUUUAUAAGAAUGGUGUUAGAAACUAUUGCGGGAACGAACUCCCAGAUGGAUUAGUGAAAAACCAGAAGCUCUCAGCCAAUAUACUUACUCCAACGACUAAGGCUGAGGAUCAUGACGUUCCCAUCUCUCCUAAUGAGAUAGUUGAACAAGGAUUGAUGACUCAAGCUGAAUUUGAUGAAGCAAGUAGGAAAGCUUUGAGCUUGUUCGAGUUUGGGCAGCGGGUUGCCAGGGAGCAUGGGCUAAUACUGGUUGAUACAAAAUACGAAUUUGGAAAAAAUAGUGAUGGCUCGAUUUUACUGAUCGAUGAGAUCCAUACACCAGAUUCGAGCAGGUACUGGCUUGCGGGUUCUUAUGAGGAACGGUUUGAGAAAGGUCUUGAGCCUGAAAAUGUUGAUAAGGAGUUCUUAAGAUUGUGGUUUAGAGAAAACUGCAAUCCAUAUGAAGAUAAGGUCCUGCCUGAUGCUCCAGCAGAUCUCGUCACUGAAUUAGCCUGGCGGUACAUUUUCUUGUACGAAACAAUCACGGGAUCGAGAAUCGAUAUAGCCCCGGCCCAGGAACCAGUACACGAUCGGAUGUCCCGAAAUGUGAGGCUGGCGAUUUCGUCUCUCGGGUGACUUUUUUGAUCUUUGAUCACUUUAAGACAAGACAACAUAGUUUCAUCUCAUGAUGGUUUUCUUACGUUAGACUUUCUUCAAGAAAAUUCCUGGUCGUGAGAUGUUUCUAGCCGGCAUUUCAGGUUUGAUAGAUUCGGUUCGGUGGUCGAACCGAUUCCAUAUUAUAUGAUACUUGGUUCAAUAAAAGCAAAAUGUAAUGGUUUAGUUCACAUAAAGCUGUAAAACUUGAAUCCGAAAAUUUGAAAUAAUAAUUAUCUUAUCUUU